GAUUGGUCAAUGUUCAUGCCCAUGACACCUGAGUGUUGUGAACUUGACGCGGUACGAUGAUGAUAAGCAGGAAUCAGUUCAGAGUUAUACAGUACAUACUUACUGCAGCACCUACUUAAGGUGUUGAGUGAAGGAUGAGCCGCUUUCUGAAUGUGUUGAGGAGUUGGCUGCUCAUGGUGUCUGUGAUCGCAGUGGGAAACACAGUGCAGAGCUUCAGAGAUUACAGCUUCCUGUCCGAGAAACUCUACACCGGCACACCGGAUUAUGUAAACGGUCUUCAGGCGAGAACCUUUGGCAUAUGGACCCUCCUGUCCUCCAUCAUCCGCUGCGCCUGUGCCGUUGACAUCCAGAACCGAACGCUUUAUCACGUCACCCUGUGGACAUUUGUUCUGGCUCUCGGCCACUUCUUGUCUGAAGCAUUUAUCUAUAAAACCGCUCCUUUGACCAUUGGAGUCAUGGCACCGCUGAUUGUAGCAAGUGUCUCUAUCGUGGGCAUGUUGAUUGGCUUCCAGUGUAUCGUUGAGCCUCAGGAAGUGGUGGGAGCUCGUCAGAAGAAGAGGAACUGAGUGAUAUUCACAGCAUCAUCACUGCUGAUGCCUUUGGGACACAGGACGGCUGUAACGGGAUGGGUCGUGCCACUCCAUGUGGACCGUGUGACGUUUUACUCAUGGGUCAGUGGUUCUGAUAUCAACUGGUUGCCAGUCGCCAAAACAUAUAAGACCCAAACUACCUUUUUACAGCAUUGAAAUCAGUGUAAUAUUAAUAUAAUACUUUUAUAUGGUCAUUUGAAGAUUAAUUGUCCAAAAGCAAUUACAGUACCAGUACGUUUGAGUUAUUUUUUAGCUAUUAUAUUAGAAAAAUAGUGCAGUGACGAUAACGGUGAAAAACACAAACUGAGUGAUGUAGUGAAGAAAACGUGACACAAACAAACACUUGCUUAUUUUGUCUGAGCUACUGAAGGAAAUUUACUGGAGUUACAUUCAUAUUUGUGUACAAAACGAAUGUCACGCAUUCAAGAAGAAGCCUUUACAUGAAAAGGGUUUUAGCAUCAGAUGUACAUGUUUAUUACUGGUCACGUGUUUUUGUUAGUGUUUUCCCCAUAAUGCAUGUGGGAUGGUUUACAUGACUCAUUUGCGUGUUAAAUUGCAAAUCACUAACAUGCACAAAAUACAAGACAUGCUCACAAUUUGCCAUGUAGUGUGUUUAAACUAGUUAUCACUAUUUAUUACUGACUGUGAGAUUCAAUUUGCAACACACAGUUUUACUGGAUUAUAUUCAAAAUGUUUCUAUACAAACACUGUAAAAUACAUAGGAAUUACAUAACAAGAACAAUCAUUUCAACGACAUACACAGAUCAGAACAGUAACUGCACGUCUUCUGACUGAAAUCAGGUCUGUGAGACCGACAUCUGUCUGUGAUCAUAUGCUCAAAAUCACAGAAAACAACAGUGCAAAAACUGAUUUUUCUUAGUUCCGCCAUUUUUAGCUCCAGUGUUGCUGUACUUACUGCUGGAUAUUUAAAGCCAUAUGAAAUUAAUAAAGUUAAAUGACCUGGAGGAA